UUGAUAUUGAAAGUCGCUGCACGUGAUCUGAUUUUCAGGCUCAGUCUAGACGACGCGGAGAUCUAGAGCCGGCAACAUGGACGCAGCGAAAGCAAGACCGUUAGACGCAUCUUCGGUCGACAGUGGACAAAAUCAGGAAAACGAAGAAAUGUUAUAUAAUCGACGCCCUACAUCAUCAAGCUCGUCAUCUCGUGCCAGCUACCACCCAGAAGGACAAGAGGUCCACCUUAAUUGCCACAGCUGCGGGGCGACCCUGGCCAAAACCCGUGCUGUCAUUUCUGUGGAUGAGCUCCAGGCUGAGGGCGUGGCCCUCGAAUACGAGCAGGAACAGGGGAGGGAUGUGGAAAUAUGUUUGACAGACGUUCACGUGUAUUGUUUGCCCGUCAAAACCUUCUACGACCCAGACGAAAAGUGCAAGCGCGAUAUAGUGUGCGUAAAGGAAAACUGCAACGUAUACAAGGAAAAAGAGACGCGGACCAAACUGAUGUGGUUCCAGCAUUACGUCAGGUCGAAAUGCUACUGCUGCAAAUGCAAAACGCAAGUUGGGAGUUUCUACAAACCAAAAGACGAAUCAUCCAACCUCCCAACGUUUUACGGUCUCAUGCUUGAAAAGCUGGACGGAAAGCACCAGAAAGAGUUGUAUUUAAAAUGCCGCCGAUGUCAACACAGAGUGUCAUGGAGGAACAGCAUAGUAAAUUUGAGAGACCAUGUGUCAAUUGGAUCUGGAUUUCACGGGUGGGAAGACAUUCAUCUUUUCGAGGAAAGAGUUCAUACGCAAGUUCACAGUUUCAAGGAUCAAACAGAUGAUUACCACGUUUUCUUAACUGUUGAAGAUGCUGACUGCCUCAAGAAAAAUAAAGUAAAGAGUGAUUGGUUUGUUGGUCUUACGGCAACUGAAUGCAGAUGCCCCCGGGACUGGUGCCAGCGGCUUGUUGGUUGGCGCUUCCAAAAUGUUGACCGUCAUUUCUACGGCUUACUUGUCAAGGAACUACAUGGACCCCACCUGAAAGGAUGGUUGUGGUGUGAGUCUUGUAGAGAAAAUUUAUUCCAACUGGAAGACAUCGAUCCCAAGGAUCCAGUUUCAUCCAAGAUAGUCUACGAGGAGAGUGCAGUUGUUGGUCGAGUGUUUGGAGUCCGUGUUCCAGUACUUAAGGAUGAACAAGGUACCCCAAGGAAGAUUCUAACCGUAACAGGUAAUAAGUUGAAGGGAAACAGAGGAGACCUUUCAAAGGCAGAGGAUGGGUGGUUUAAGGAUUAUACAGAGUUUUGUCCAGUACGCUGCCCAAACAAAAAAUGUGACGAAACCAUAGGGCGGGAAUAUAAGUCGACCAAGAAGGAGGGCAAUACGUUUGCCGUUGUGUUUUGGGAGAAAAUUGGUGGACGGUUUGCCAUUCCUACAGGUCUCCGCUCACCUCCCUAUAGUCACGUCAAGGACAGGAAGGCCAUUGUUGUAGGAAACACUUACGAAAGCGAUCCCAAUACGGGGAACAGACUCAUGUGCUGUGCCAACGACGCCGACGCCAUGGAACGGAAACUCAAAAGUCUUCGCUUUCCCUUCGAGGUGUACAAAUUGAAGAACGCAACCAAAGAUCAUAUCAUUUCAGCCUUAGAGAAUAUUCCGACAAAGAAAGAUCAAGUUGUGCUGUUCUACUUCUCUGGGCAUGGAUCAGCCGAGAAUGGUUUCCACUUCAUAGUUCCCGACAGCAAUGACAGCCGGCACUGGGAGGAAGCAACCACGACGAGUUCAUACAUAAAUAUUCGCCUAAUUGAAACGCUGAUGAUGCAGACUGGGGCUAGGGUGAAGAUUUCUAUUAUCGAUGCCUGCAGAGGAACAGGUCAUUUCCAUGACCAAGUUUCAAAAGAUUGCAGGAAGACCGUGGAGCAUCUUCCUUUUAAUAAUCUCGGUGAUUAUGAUGAUGAAGUCUUUGCAGACUCGCCAAAAUCUAGGCCAAUACAGGAGAUGUCGUCCAACGCACGUCCCCCAUGCGCUGCUGGAGACGUGAACCCCAGUGGUACACCUACAGCCGAGACCGGGGCAAGUGGUAAACAAGCGGAAGAUGGUGACGACGAAAAAGAAAAUAGUACUCGGAGUACUAAUGAAAAUCGCGCCGUUACCCCAAGCGUCGAGCCCAGCAGCGAGCAGAAUAGGAGAAAGUUCCGUCGCUUAAGUCAGUCCCUCCAGGGUUAUGGGUUUGUUAAGAUGUAUUCAUGCGCGGACGAUACCACUUCUGUUGCCGGCGACCGAAAAUCCUUGAGCAAAUUCACCAAACAUUUGGUCAGCGAAAUGACGAAAGAGCUUAGCAUUUAUAGGCUCUUUCAGAACGUGAACACCUUGAUGAAAAGCGACGCUGGGCACUUGAAGCAGGUACCACGUGUUCAUUCAACACUGACCGAACCGUUCCGUUUUCAGACGCGUGAUCUGCCGGAUUUUUCUCACUUGCCAGCCAAAAGGGAUUAAGGGAUUAAGUUCUUGACAAAGAUAAAUUCCUUAAAAUAAUGAAAGUUUUAAUUUGCUGCUUUACUCAAAUUUGAAAUAUGUAGAUAUAUCAAUACAAAAUAUAACGUAUUAUGUAAGAAAAAAAUGCAGAACAAAUACAGUUGCUUCACUUAUGCCAGCAAAUUUAAAUUCCAGGUUAUUACAUAUUGACUAGUUUUCAAGACAAUGAUACAAAAUUUCAAACAGUCAUACGUUUGACAAAUACAUAGGCGACACUUGAAUAUCUCGCAUGUAAGCGUGGAUUUCAGUGAUACAAAUUCGACUAUUUAAAUGCGCUAUAUAUUUACAGUAAUUCACUAUUACAAAGUAAUUCAAUCAGUAAUUCCAGUUAAAUGAUUAUUUGCCAUUUGUUUAUAUUUGCAUAUAUUUUCUUCUUCUUUAACACAAUAUAACGGAUCGUAUGUCAUUUCAGUGUGUCAGAUUUUCAUGUUUGAAUGUUGACUUCUUGAAAAUACCUUUGUUUAAUAAUAUUCAGAAUCACUGCAUCAUUAAUUUUAUUACUAAAAAGAAUUGUUAUAUUACUUUGGUGAGCCUCAGCAAUGUCUCAAUCUGUUGAUUUUGAAAAAGUUUAUAAUAAACAUAUCUACAUG